AUGGCUGAAAUUGUUGGUGGCACAAACACUACUACAAGGUUGCUAAGGGCAGAACAUGGAGGAUAUAGAAGUGGGCAAGAUGAAGAAGAAAGACCAAGCGAACCAUGGAAAGGAGAGCAUGUGAAGAGUGUUGUUUAUGCGGAACUUGAUGCCAUGUCACUAGCUUUUCUCUCAUUUCUUCCAUCUCCGCAAGUCAAUGUUCAUCCGUUAUUAAUCACGAUUCUCGCUUUGACCGUAGUGGAUGUGUUAGUACUUAGAUUUACAAACCCGGUGUCGGAUGGGAUAUCAAUGGGAUUGGGAGAUUAUAUGUCUAGUAACACUAAGAAGGAUGUGGUCGCCAAAGAGAAGGCGAGUGAUGUAAUGGGAUGUCACUAA